AACAUGUGUGAAAACUUUUAGUCAGUCAUCGAUGUUCAUUAAAUUCGGGCAGGCCGUGAAAAUUUGGUGAAUUUUCGUGAAAAGGCACGCGGCCGUGCGUACGAAUAGUUUUUCUUUCGUUUGAGUAACGAAAUCGGUCGAGAAAAGCGGAUGUCAACUGGGUGAUUAGUUUUUCGCGGUUACGGUAAUGCACUUCUCGAAACGUCUUUUGAACGGGCAAUUAAUUAUAUCGAUAAUUGGGAAAAUUCCAGACAGACAAGAAGUUACAAUGCAAUAAGACGACGACACAAAAGUAAGAAGACAGAUAAGGACAUUUAUAAAUUAGUGAAUAUUUAAAAAUGCAUCAGCAACAAUUCGGGCAAAAAGACAAUAGUGUUAGUGGCCAAAUGGACAAUUCUUCGGUUUCGUAUCAUUCGCAAUUUAGUUACGGCUCCAACGAUAAUUGGAGUUACACUAGCUCGUCAGUUACGCCGAUGAAACAAAUUGAAGCUUGUUUGCAGAGUGCAGGAAAAGACAGAAAAGCUUACUCACCCUUAGACCAAGCUGACGCCUUAACUUUAGAACAUGAGAACGAAAGAUCUGAAAACAAUAAUAGAAAUACGACGCAUAAUAAAAAUCACAAUCUAAAUACCCUUACGCCUGCAUUAUCAAACGCGGGCGCCAUACUUGAAAUGAAACAUUUAUGGGAUGAGUUUCAUUCAUUGGGUACAGAGAUGAUCGUUACUAAAGCUGGCAGAAGAAUGUUUCCCACCUUUCAAGUGAAACUGUGCGGAUUAGAUUUACAUUCUGAAUAUAUGCUCAUGAUGGACUUCGUACCUGUUGACGAUAAGCGAUAUCGAUAUGCUUUUCACAGUUCGAGUUGGGUGGUUGCUGGAAAAGCAGAUCCAGUUUCACCUCCAAGAAUUCAUGUGCAUCCUGACAGUCCGGCAACUGGUGCACAAUGGAUGAAACAGACUGUAUCUUUCGAUAAACUGAAACUCACCAAUAAUCAGUUAGAUGAUAACGGCCACAUUAUAUUAAACUCAAUGCACCGUUAUCAACCAAGAUUCCAUAUAGUAUAUUUACCUCCAAAAAAUUCUCAACAAACAAAUGAAGAAAAUUGCAAUGAAAAUUUCAAGACUUUUGUUUUUUCGGAGACAUCCUUUACCGCCGUCACUGCCUACCAGAACCACCGGAUAACGCAACUAAAAAUAGCAAGCAAUCCAUUUGCCAAGGGUUUCCGAGACUGCGAUCCAGAUGAUGGAACACCAGAAGUUGCACCGCAAACUACUCAACAAAGACAACGAACCACUUCACGAUCUACUCCGAACAGUUGUGGAAACAAAGAAGAAGAGUCAAACGAUCAUCACUCCGCUAAUCAAACCCUCCAGCCUGAUUCGAUACACAACAACCAUCAUUCGAUGAUAUUUCAAAACCGCUACCAGCCAACUAAUCAAAAUUCUACCUCUUCACUUCUCCAGUCCAACAUAUUAAGUGCCGGAUUAAGCCCCAUCACCCAGCCGUAUUCUGCUGAAAUAUGUAAUUACGGACCUGUAUAUCAUCCGCACAAUAUUUUACAUAAUUACAAUACGGUUUAUACCAACGACAAGGGAAUGAGAUCCCCUAACUUUGGACGUGGAAUGUACGGAAGUUACCAAGGUUUCUAUGGCAAUAAUGGAAAUUUUAGAAGUACUUCGCUAACAGGGACGCAUCAGAAUGGCUAUGACUUUACGCCUCGAUAGAAAAUUAUUUGUUUAGUUAUGAAAGAAAACAAAUGCAGCAGUAGAAAUUAAAAUAUACUUGACUUAGGUAUAUGACAAGAACUCGUGAGUGUCAAAAAACGAAAAUAAAUAUUUAUAAAAAAGGAAACCUUUCACAAAAAUUUCCUAAUGCAACUAGACACAAUCAUUUAUUUUAUUUAUUCUUAGUCGUGACUGAUAAAAUCUUAAAUUGUCUACUUAUUAGAUACACGCUGAUAAGUCUUAUGCGGCAAUAUACUAGACAAUAUUAUCAUAUACAGGGUGGUCCGAACUGUAUUCCGGAAACUUCGGCAGCAUA